AGUAAAACGUAUUUUCAAUUUUGACUUUCAUAAAAUUAAUCAGUGGAUUCAUGAUAGAAUCUCACAGAUAAUCAGUGUUUUUCAUUCAUUUUGCGGCUUAGUCAAGUUUGUUAUUCGGUUUAAAAACUGUUACUUUUAUGCAUCGAUUUCAUUGAAUUAACCAAGUGAAUAAGUUUACAUUAUGGUUGAUUUGAACAAUAAAGUAGCCUUAAUUACUGGUUCAAGUGAUGGGAUCGGAAAAGCAACAGCUUUACUCUUCUCAUCUUUAGGUGCUAAAGUAGCCAUAGUUGGACGUGAUCAAAGUAAACUGGACAAAGUUGCUGCUGAAUGUGAAGCCAAGUCGCCUCAUCACUACAAGCCUGUUGUUACCAAGGCUGAUUUUAUUAGAGAUGAAGAUGUUAUUCGAACCUUUGAAGAAACCCUUUCUGCUUACAAAACUUUGGACAUUUUGGUCAACAAUGCUGGUCUUGCUGCGACCAAAGGAUUUGGUGAACCAGACGCUAUGGCUGAUUACGAUCGAGUUCAGCAGAUUAAUGUUAAAGCUGUUGUUCGUCUAACUGAAUUGGCUGCACCACAUUUGAAGCAAACCAAAGGAGCUAUUGUUAAUGUUUCAAGUGUUGCAGGCAUAAGACCAUUGCAAGCAUAUUGGUCUUAUUGUAUGUCAAAAGCUUCCCUGGAUAUGUUUACCAAGUGUAUGGCUGGUAAACUGGCUCCUCAUGUUCGAGUAAAUUCAGUUAAUCCAGGAUUAACCCGAUCAAACUUCUUUUCGUCUCAUCCUGAUCCAGACGCUUUGUUGUCAGCUUUAGCUCAAGAACAACCUUUAAAACGAAUCGCUGAACCAAUAGAUAUUGCCAAUGUGAUUGCUUUCCUCGCAUCGGAUGCUGCAAGAAACAUGACUGGUUCAAUUGUUGUUUCAGACACUGGCGAGCUGAUUGCUGACCCUUAUGCAAAAUGAAUCUCAUUCAAUUAAUGAAGUCAAAACUGGUAAUAAAAAUCACAAUUUAAACAAUUAA